AUGAUAUUUUUUCUUCAAAUUCGUUCUUCUUUCAUUCUCCCAACUUCCCAAUCGAAGAAAUCAAUUCGAAACCCUAAAUCUCUGAAUUUCUCCGUUCUGGAGUUGAUCUUUGGUCACCUUCUUACUAGCAGUAACUAUGAUGAUAAUGCGAAAAAAACUACCGGUGGUCGGAAUGGCUAUGGUGCGAAGCUCACCGACAUUUUUUCAACUGAGUUUAUCAUUGAGACUGCUGAUGGACGUCGUCUGAAGAAGUAUAAGCAGGUUUUCUCAAACAAUAUGGGGACGAAGUCUGAACCAGUGAUAACCAAAUGCAAAGCUAGUGAGAACUGGACUAAGGUGACCUUUAAGCCUGACAUGGAGAAGUUUAAGAUGACUUAUCUUGAAGAGGAUGUUGUUGCUUUGAUGAAAAAGCGUGUGUUGGACAUGGCAGGGUGCCUUGGAAAGACUGUUAAGGUUGAACUCAAUGGAAACUUGAUUCGUUUUAAGUCGUUCCGUGAUUACGCUGAUCUCUUCCUGAAAUGUGCUGAGAAGUCUAAACCCACACCCCUGCCAAGGUUUUAUGAUAGGUGGGAGAUUUGUGUGAGUCUAAGCGAUGGGCAGUUUCGACAGGUGAAUAGCAAACUUCUCAAUUUUGUUAAUUCAAUUGCUACAAUCAAGGGUGGGACUCAUGUCGAUUACAUUACAAAUCAGAUCACUACCUAUGUAAUGAAUAAAGUAAAUAAGAAAAAGAAGGAUGCCAAUGUGAAAGCUCAUACUGUAAAGAAUCAUUUGUGGGUUUUUGUCAAUGCUCUGAUAGACAAUCCAGCUUUUGAUUCUCAAACUAAGGAGACACUAACAACUAGACAAGCUAGUUUUGGUUCUAAGUGUGAUGUUCCCGAAUCAAUGCUUAAGGAUGUUGAAAAAUCUGGAAUAGUAGACACCCUCCUAUCAUGGGCAGAUUUUAAACAAAGUAAAGAUCUGAAAAAAACUGAUGGAACUAAGACCCAGAGGAUUCGUGGGAUUGUAAAGCUCAAGGAUGCCAAUGAUGCUGGUGGAAGGAACUCUGAGAAAUGUACCUUGAUAUUGACGGAGGGAGAUUCCGCCAAGGCUCUUGCGAUAGUCGGGCUUUCUGUAGUGGGCCGAGACCACUAUGGUGUGUUUUCGUUGAGAGGAAAAUUGCUCAAUGUGCGGGAAGCUAGUAGCAAACAAAUAAUGGAUAAUGAAGAAAUUCAAAAUAUAAAGAAGAUACUUGGGCUACAGCAAAACAAGGAGUACACAAAUGUGAAGUCUUUGAGAUAUGGUCAUUUGAUGAUUAUGGCUGAUCACGAUCAUGAUGGCUCCCACAUCAAAGGGCUUCUGAUUAACUUCAUUCAUUCCUUUUGGCCAUCACUGCUUAAGGUUCCAUCUUUCAUGGUUGAGUUCCCUACUCCCGUUAUAAGGGCUUCUCAUUCAAAUGGUACAAUAUUAUCAUUUUAUUCUAUACUGGAAUAUGAAGCAUGGAGAGAAAGAUUGGGGAAUAGUGCAGCUAGUUGGAAGAUAAAGUACUAUAAGGGGUUGGGUACAAGUACUCCCAAGGAAGGGAGAGAGUACUUUCGAGAUCUUGAUAAGCACAAAAAAGACUUCAUCUGGGAAGAUGAUUUUGAUGGAAAUGCAAUUGAGAUGGCGUAUUUAAUUGUUGUAUAUUUUGGCUAGGUUUUAUGUUAUGCCAAAUGAGUGUAGUCCUGUUUGAACAUUUGUUUUUGAGAGCUUUACUCUCAAGAGAUUCAAUGUUUUAUCGAGCACAAUGA